CACUCCCCUGCCAUGGCUAUAUCCUCCACCACUGCAACACUCUACAUUUCCCAGAAUAAUUUCCACACUCUUACCCCAAACACAGCCCCUUUCUUCUCAUGUUCCCUUCAUUUUGCAACAAAACCGCGUAAAUUGGUUGUUAGAAACUCUGGUAGUGGUGUAUCAGAUGAGACUAGCUCAACAGAAAUAGAACCCGAAACAUCCAUUAAAGCUCCAACAGGAUCUUCAUCUUUGAUCUCUUCUCUCAAUGUGGAACGGGCCCUUCGUGGCAUAGCAAUUACGGAUGUAGAUCAUUAUGCUACGCUUGGACUUCAAAGAGGGUGUUCAUACGAGCAGGUUACGAUUGCGUAUAAAAACAAGGUGGAAGAAAUGAAGAGUCAAGAGCUAGAAGAAGAGGAGGUCGCUAAGAAAAUGGAACUUUUGAAAGAAUCGUACUCAAUUUUAUCAUCUGAGGAAGAAAGAAGAUUAUAUGAUUGGAGCUUGGCGAGAAAUGGAAAGCCAGAUAGAUAUGUUUGGCCUUUUGAGGUGGACAUUACACCAACCUCUAAAGGAACACCUCCACCUCAGGAACCAGAGGACGUGGGGCCAACAAGAGUGGUAGGAUAUUUCAUGUUAGGAUGGUUGAUAUUAAGCUUCGUGUUAUCCAUUGCACUUAAUCGGUAACGAUACAUUUAUGUUUUUGUAAAUUGUUACAAUUUAAGAAUUAGAAGAAUAAUAUUUAUAUAAUAAUCUUCCAUUGGAUA